GGCGGGGGCGGGGGCGGGGGCUGGACGUGAUAUAAGACUGCCGCCCUCGGCAGGUCCGGAGACACUUGACUCCCAACCGAGUCUGCGCCCCACGUCAGAUCGGGCCCUCCGGAGCAAAAGAGACCCCUCCUCUACCUGGCAGCCCCUGAGAGACUCAGAGAAGCCACCAUGGCAGGAUUCCUUCUUCCAGCCCUGCUGACCCUACUGCUGUCCUUAGCCCUGGGAUCUGCUGCACAGGAAGCCCAGGAUAAGAACAGCGAGAAGAUUAUUGAUGGGAUGCCGUGUCUAACAGGUGCCCAGCCCUGGCAGGUGGCCCUGCUCAGAGGCAAUCAGCUCUACUGUGGAGGCGUGCUGGUCAACGAGCACUGGGUGCUUACUGCUGCCCACUGCCUGAUGAAUUCGUACAACGUGCAUAUGGGCAGUGAAUACCUGAGCAGAGGCCAGAAGAUCAGGGCCACAAUGUCAUUCCGCCACCCUGACUACUCCACGCAGAGCCAGGCUAAUGACCUCAUGCUGGUGAAGCUAAGGACGCCGGCCAAGCUGUCAUCCACCGUGAAGAAGGUCAACCUGCCUUCCCGCUGUGAACCCCCUGGGACCACGUGUACCGUUUCUGGCUGGGGCACCACCACCAGCCCUAUUGCGACCUUUCCAGAGAAACUCAUGUGCACAGACGUCGACAUCAUCUCCUCUGAAGACUGCAGGAAGGUUUACAGGGACUUGCUGGGAGAUUCCAUGCUGUGUGCUGGCAUCCCCAACUCCAGCACCAAUGCCUGCAACGGUGACUCAGGGGGACCACUGAUGUGCAAAGGUACUUUGCAAGGCCUGGUGUCCUGGGGAGUUUUCCCUUGCGGCCAACCCAACAACCCAGCUGUCUAUACCCAAGUCUGCAAGUACCUCGGUUGGAUAAACACCACCAUCAGCACGUAUUGCUAAUCUCUCCGUACUCCCAUCUCUCCAUCCCUACACCCUGAACAGGAAAUUCACAGAAAUAAGGACGUCGAUGAUCUACAGUCAUACUUGACUUUACUUUUCCUCAAAGACAUAUCAAAACCUCCACAAUAUGCCAUGUGUGUAAGUCAAUCAAAUCAGCAAGGACUUAAAACCAAAACACGAGACACAAAAACCUCAGUGCUGGUAAAGAAGUAGUGAGGCCAGCACCCUCGGCCACUGAAACUGUAAAUUCAUACGGUUUUUAUGGAAGUUGAUUGGGCAACGUGAAUCAGGACCCUUGUUCUCCACCUUUGACCCAGCAAUUCUAGUUCUAGGAAGAUACUACUAAAAAAAAAAAAAAAAUCCAAAAUGUGGAGCAAGGUUUGAAUUUAUCACAACAUUAUUUAUCAUAGCAAAACAGUGGAAACACUGAAUAUGUCCGGAAUCAGUGGAGUGUUUAAGUAAACGAUAGGCUAGCUUGAGACAAGGAUAUUAUGCAGCUGCUAAGGAUAAUAAUUAUGCAGAAUUGUUAGUGUUAUGCAAGGAUGUUUAUGCUAUGUGAUGUUAAAUGAGAAAAGGAAGAUACGGAAAUAUAUGUGUGUGUGAUCAUUGCUAUGUAAAAUGAAAAUAUUCACAAAAUAAAACCUGAGAUCAUGUGUACCAAA